AUUUAUGUGGAGUUAUCUGAUGGAAAUUUUAAUGGAAAAUGCGGAGCCAUCAAUGCCAUAACCCAAACAAAUUGGGGUGGUCUAUUCUUUUCACGCUAUAACAAAUGCAUAGUAGAUAAAGGAAGUUAUUCCGACAUGAUACUGGCCAAUUGUAAAAAUGAAGAAAAUCAGCGAUUCAAUUUCGGCAAGCUCAGUGACAUGUGCGGGAAAAAAUAUAUCGGACGUUAGUUGUUCUAAUAAUCAAUAUAUGGUGAUAAAAGUUGCAGAAUAUCGUGGAUUGAGAAACGGAAACAUUUGUGGCUGGAAAUUUAAUUACAAUUGUAGUGUCGAUGUAACAUGUGAACUUAAAAAUUACUGUGAUGGUGAAAGGGAAUGUAAUGUAACUGUUGAUGAUAAUCAUUUCCCUUCAAAUAAUUGUCCUGGUUUGGAGAAAUAUCUUUACUUUGAAUAUCAAUGUAACUACACAAGUAUGCCAUACAGAAAAAUUUGCAAUCUUAUGGAUGUACGCCUGUCUAAGUCAAAUCUUCCGAACGAAGGUGUCGUGAAUGUUAUUACCAAGUUUAGAAACUUCACCAUUUGCAACAAAGGUCUUUUUCACAAAAUAAAGACGAUUAUCUGUAAACAACUUGGUUAUCCUACCGCAGCAUCUGUGGAAGGCUCAAUGUCACUAUCAUCUUUCAUGCAUCAAUCGUUUAUACCUGGAAAUGUCAAAUGUGAUGCUCGAGUGAACGAUUUAUCUCAAUGUGCUAUCACUCAAAAUAAUGAUUGCUCUCAAUACUCGUACGUUACAUGUCAUGUUUGUGAUAAUCCUCUAUUAAAAAACGCAGAAAAAUUCCCAGAUUCUUGGUUUACUGCCUUCCCAAAGAGUCGUAGUGCUGCUAAAGCAAGAAUAUCCAGUGGUAGUUCAUGGUGUGCUCCUGCUGCUAAUGGCAAUCAUUACCUUCAACUGAAUUUUCCGAGUCUUUAUACAGUUAACGUUAUCACUAUCUUUGGAGACAGUUCAAGUUCAAGCUUUGUAACUAAAUAUCACUUGCAGACAAACAUUGAUGGUGUGAACUGGAAAUCUGAAAAUCCCAGAAGGUAA